UUCCCUAUAUUCAGGUGGAGUCAAUCCCCACCAGGCUAUAAACUUCCAGGGAGAGGCAGAGGCAGCUGUUUUGCUUUGCUCUGGGGAAGUUUAGAGAUUCAUCAUGAGGGAGUGCAUUUCUAUCCAUAUCGGCCAGGCUGGAGUCCAGAUGGGCAAUGCCUGUUGGGAGCUAUACUGCCUAGAGCAUGGGAUCCAACCGGAUGGGACCCUUCCCAGCACUGCUUCAGUCAGACCAGCGGUUCCAGAGGUGGAACAAGUGGAUUCUUCUUUUGAGACCUUCUUCUGCGAGACCGCAUCGGGAAAGCACGUGCCCAGGGCAGUCUUCAUAGACCUGGAACCCACCGUCAUCGAUGAGAUCCGAACUGGGACCUACCACGGCCUCUUCCAUCCUGAGCAGCUCAUUAGUGGAAAAGAAGAUGCAGCGAACAACUAUGCUCGGGGCCACUACACGAUUGGGAAAGAAAUUAUAGAUACGGUCUUGAGUAGAGUCCGUAAAAUGGCUGACCAGUGCAAUGGCCUGCAAGGGUUCCUGGUCUUCCACAGCUUCGGAGGAGGCACGGGGUCUGGAUUCACCUCGCUCCUGAUGGAACAACUCUCGGUUGAAUACAGCAAGAAGUCCAAGCUGGAGUUCUCGGUGUACCCAGCCCCACAGGUCUCCACGGCAGUGGUGGAGCCCUACAACUCGAUCCUGACCACCCACACCACGCUGGAGCACUCGGACUGCUCGUUCAUGGUGGACAACGAAGCCAUCUACGACAUCUGCAACCGGAACCUGGAUAUCGAGCGUCCCACCUACACCAACCUGAACAGGCUGAUAGGGCAGAUCGUGUCAUCUGUCACCGCGUCCUUGAGGUUUAAUGGUGCUUUGAAUGUUGAUCUGAUUGAAUUCCAGACUAACUUGGUGCCCUACCCCAGGAUACACUUCCCCCUCACCACCUACGCACCCAUCAUCUCAGCGGAGAAGGCCUACCAUGAGCAGCUGUCAGUGCCCGAGAUCACCAAUGCUUGCUUCGAGUUCUCCAACCAGAUGGUGAAAUGUGACCCUCGCCGAGGCAAGUACAUGGCUUGCUGCCUGCUGUACCGGGGGGACGUGGUGCCCAAGGAUGUGAAUGCUGCUAUCGCAGCCAUCAAAACCAGGAGGUCAAUCCAGUUUGUGGACUGGUGCCCAACUGGGUUUAAGGUGGGCAUCAACUACCAGCCUCCCACAGUGGUACCUGGGGGAGACCUGGCCAAAGUGCAGCGGGCAGUCUGCAUGCUGAGCAACACCACGGCCAUUGCCGAGGCAUGGGCCCGGCUAGAUCACAAGUUUGACCUGAUGUAUGCAAAGCGGGCCUUCGUGCACUGGUAUGUUGGGGAGGGGAUGGAGGAGGGCGAGUUCUCUGAAGCCAGGGAGGACAUGGCCGCUUUGGAGAAGGAUUAUGAAGAGGUUGGUCGGGAUUCUGCUGAUGGGGACGAAGAUGAGGUGGAAGAUGAGUAUUAGCUCUUGAAAUACUUCUAGGUCCAGAUAAAGUAUCAGAUAAGAUACCAAGUGCUCUUAAUCGGCUGGAAUUGUGCUGAUGUCUAGAAUGUAUUGCACUGGAGGAGACUCAUUAAUAUCAUAAGUCCACCAAUUCUUAUGCCCCCUCCCCCCACCUGCUUGCAUAGUCUAAUCUGCUCAUUAGUGCAGCAUGGGCACGUACUUGCUGAGAAUAUCAAACUUUACUGCUGUGCAUCUGUGAAAUAAAACUUAAGUGGCUGGCUUUAACGCUGGACGCAAGACCACACGUCCUCUGGGGGCGAAGGGUAAGAAAGUUUCAACCAAGGGAAAUCUCUCUUGCAACACCUUGGCGCUUAGUACAGGGGGGAUAUGCUGUGGGUCUUGUGUCUGCAGCACUUAUUAAGAAACAUGGCUUAAUAACAGCACCUAUGUAAAUGUCUUUUUGUAUUUCAAUAAAUGUUUGCUCCAAUGUU